AUAUAACAAUAGUCCCCAAUGACAUACAUCGACAGAAAUACGGUGAUCUCACCAUGUGAGUAUAGCAUACAGGCAUCUAUAGAAAACGGUCAAGGUAACCGAAAUCAAUUUCUUAUCUUUAAUUUGCUCUUCCUAUAAACACGUAGUAUUCUGUAAGAAAGUCAGAUAUUUAUACUCGUCAUGGCGGAACUGUACAGAGAUUUUAAAAAUCAUGGCAAGAAAAUAGUAGCUGUGUGUAGAAACUACAGAAGUCUGACUGCAGCACAAGGAAUUCCAAAUCCAGAGAAGCCCAUUCUAUUCAUGAAACCAACGACCGCCUACGUUUCCGAGGGUGCGAAUAUUAAGGUCCCACUAGGAUGUGAAUUGCUAUAUCAUGAAGUGGAACUGGGAGUUGUCAUUCGAAAAAGAUGUACAAAUAUCUCACCAUCUGAAGCUGAUGAUUACAUCGGUGGGUUCUUACUGGCACUCGACAUGACUGCAAAGGAUUUCCACAACGAAGCCAAACAGAAAUCCAGGCCAUGGUUUCUUUGCAAAGGGUUUGACACUUCAUGUCCUGUGAGCGAAUUCAUUGAUAAAUACCGAAUUCCUAAUUACAGUGAUGUUGGCUUGUGGCUUAAGGUUGAUGGUAUAAUGAAGCAAGAAAGCAGUACCUCGGAUAUGAUUUAUCCAAUUCCGGAAAUAAUAUCUUACGCUAGUAAGUACUUCACUCUUGAACCAGGUGAUGUCAUUUUGACCGGAACUCCAGCAGGAUCUGGGCCAGUCUUCAGUGGUCAGACUAUAGAAUGUGGCCUAACUGAUAUCGUAUCCAUGAAGUUUCCUGUCGUAAAUACACACUAGAAUAAAAUCAUGAUUUACGACAA